AACAAGAGUUUGACUGCACGCUCGGGUGGACGCUUGGCGCGUUAAAUUUUUAAAUUCGAAUGAUGGCUUACUCGUAACAUAGUUUUCGAAAGAGAUUUCAAAAAUGAUGUGAUAAUUCGCGUAGUAUUUUAAAAUUAGAUAAUUAGAUAAAAAUUAGAAAAAUUCGAGUUUUUAUGUGAUAAAGUUGUUAAAAAGUGCAAUAUGAAUAGUGCAUUACCUGUUCUAAUUAUAAUAAUGAUCUGUGCCGGAAUAACGUCUGACGCAGAAGGCAGCUUAAUGUCGAUGAUGGACUUCCGCUAUUGGCGGUGCGUCAUGAAACGACAGUGGAAGUGUCCAGACAGUGAGGUCAACUUCUUUUUGUUUACACCGGAGCGACCGUAUUCACAAUGGAUCGAUGUCCGGCACGGAGAUCUAAGCGAGUAUGGAUGGAAGGUGACCAGGAAGAACGUCCUCAUUGUACAUGGCUUCAACGGGACUCACGCCAAAACGCCCAUAUCUUUCCUAAGAGAUGCGUACCUUUCACGCAAGGACUACAACGUGUUUAUGGUGGACUGGUCCAUGCUGGCGAGGUUUCCGUGCUACCUAUCCGCACUCGCCAAUAUGAGAUUAGCAGCUCAGUGCACGGCUCAGCUCUACUCUUUCAUGACGCAGUCUGGGGCUUUGGCGAAGAAGACCACUUGCGUAGGUCACUCUUUAGGAGCGCAUAUUUGUGGAAUGAUGUCCGAGCAUCUUACUGAGAAACAGUACAAAAUUAUUGGUAGAUCACGUUGCAGCCAUUUUAUGAGCUCCUGUUACCUCGCAGCGAGCAUACGUCGACGUUUGCACAUAAUUGGCGUACCUUGUGACAACACAUGCCCCAAACAAGGCCGGUGGGGCAUUCGAUACGACAGGAAACCCAUUGUUCUUGGAGAUGAAAUUCCUGAUUCAACAAGGGGUAUGUUUUGCGCGAAAGUAGAUCACGACGAAAACUGUCCAUUCGAUUGAUAUGAAAUGUAUAGAUAAUGUGAAUUUGUGAAGUACAAUAAUUUAUUUAUUUGGUUAUUUAAGUAAAACAAGUGAAGGUAAAGUCAAUUGAACAUAAAUUUGUUUAUUUUUAGUUGUAAUAAAUUAUUUUUGAU